UGGGAGGGGGAGACGCAAGAUGGCGGCAGCCGCGAACUCUGGCUCCAGCCUCCCGCUGUUCGACUGCCCGACGUGGGCAGGUAAGCCCCCGCCUGGAUUACAUCUGGAUGUAGUCAAAGGAGACAAACUAAUUGAGAAACUGAUUAUUGAUGAGAAGAAGUAUUACUUAUUUGGGAGAAACCCUGAUUUGUGUGACUUCACCAUUGACCACCAGUCUUGCUCUCGGGUCCACGCUGCCUUGGUCUACCACAAGCAUCUGAAAAGAGUUUUCCUAAUAGAUCUCAACAGCACACACGGCACUUUCUUGGGUCACAUUCGAUUGGAACCUCACAAGCCUCAGCAAAUUCCCAUCGAUUCCACAGUCUCGUUUGGUGCAUCCACAAGGGCAUACACUCUACGUGAGAAGCCUCAGACAUUGCCAUCGGCUGUGAAAGGAGAUGAGAAGAUGGGUGGAGAGGAUGAUGAACUCAAGGGCUUACUGGGGCUUCCAGAGGAGGAAACGGAACUUGAUAACCUGACAGAGUUCAACACUGCCCACAACAAGCGGAUUUCCACUCUCACCAUUGAGGAAGGGAAUCUGGAUAUUCAGAGACCAAAGAGGAAGAGGAAGAACUCACGGGUGACUUUCAGUGAGGAUGAUGAGAUCAUCAACCCAGAGGAUGUGGAUCCUUCAGUUGGACGCUUCCGGAACAUGGUACAGACUGCAGUGGUCCCAGUGAAGAAGAAGCGAGUGGAGGGCGCUGGCUCCCUGGGCCUGGAAGAAUCAGGGAGCAGGCGCAUACAGAACUUUGCGUUCAGUGGAGGACUUUAUGGAGGUCUGCCCCCCACACACAGUGAAGCAGGCUCCCAGCCACAUGGCAUCCACGGGACAGCACUCAUCGGUGGUUUGCCCAUGCCCUACCCGAACCUCGCCCCUGAUGUGGACUUGACUCCUGUCGUGCCAUCCGCAGUGACCAUGAAUCCUGCACCAAACCCUGUAGUCUAUAACCCUGAAGCUGUCAAUGAACCCAAGAAGAAGAAAUAUGCAAAAGAAGCUUGGCCGGGCAAGAAGCCCACUCCUUCCUUACUGAUUUGAUAUUUUUUGG